UGUCAGAGCGCAGCAGGUGCGGGGCCGGAGGGGCCCGCGGGGCCGGCGCGGCCAUGGCGGCCGUGUUUGACUUGGACUUGGAGACGGAGGAAGGCAGCGAGGGCGAGGGCGAGCCGGAGUUCAGUCCCGCGGACGUGUGCCCGCUCGCCGAGCUGAGGGCUGCUGGCCUGGAGCCCGGGGGACACUAUGAGGAGGUGGAGCUGACCGAGACCAGCGUGAACCCGGGCCCCGAGCGCAUCGGCCCCCACUGCUUCGAGCUGCUCCGUGUGCUGGGCAAGGGGGGCUACGGCAAGGUGUUCCAGGUGCGGAAGGUGCAAGGCAGCAACCUGGGCAAGAUCUACGCCAUGAAGGUCUUGAGAAAGGCCAAGAUUGUGCGCAACGCCAAGGACACAGCGCACACGCGGGCAGAGCGCAACAUCCUGGAGUCGGUGAAGCACCCCUUCAUCGUGGAGCUGGCCUACGCCUUCCAGACGGGCGGCAAACUCUACCUCAUCCUCGAGUGCCUCAGUGGUGGCGAGCUCUUCACACAGCUGGAGCGGGAGGGCAUCUUCCUGGAGGACACGGCCUGCUUCUACCUGGCCGAGAUCACGCUGGCCCUGGGCCAUCUCCACGCCCAAGGCAUCAUCUACCGGGACUUGAAGCCCGAGAACAUUAUGCUGAACAGCCAGGGCCACAUCAAAUUGACAGACUUCGGACUGUGCAAGGAGUCCAUUCACGAGGGUGCCGUCACCCACACCUUCUGCGGCACCAUCGAGUACAUGGCCCCCGAGAUCCUGGUGCGCAGUGGCCACAACCGGGCAGUGGACUGGUGGAGCCUAGGGGCGCUGAUGUACGACAUGCUCACUGGAUCGCCUCCCUUCACUGCAGAGAACCGGAAAAAAACCAUGGACAAGAUCAUGAAGGGGAAGCUGGUGCUGCCCCCCUACCUCACCCCAGACGCCCGGGACCUCGUGAAGAAGUUUCUGAAGAGGAAUCCCAGCCAGCGGAUCGGGGGUGGGCCUGCGGACGCUGCCGAUGUGCAGAGGCACCCCUUCUUCCGGCACAUCAAUUGGGAUGACCUCCUGGCCCGCCGCGUGGACCCCCCCUUCAGGCCCUGUCUGCAGUCCGAGGAGGACGUGAGCCAGUUCGACGUCCGCUUCACAAAGCAGACACCCGUGGACAGCCCAGACGACACGACUCUCAGUGAGAGCGCCAACCAGGCCUUCCUGGGCUUCACGUACGUGGCGCCCUCUGUCCUGGACAGCAUCAAGGAGGGCUUUUCCUUCCAGCCCAAGCUGCGCUCCCCCAGGCGCCUCAACAGCAGCCCCCGGACCCCCAUCAGUCCCCUCAAGUUCUCCCCAUUUGAGGGGUUUCGGCCCAGCCCCGGCCCGCCAGAGCCCACGGAGCCACCUCUACCUCCGCUGCUGCCUCCGCCACCGCCGCCCUCCAGCACGGCCCCCCUCCCCAUCCGCCCCCCCUCCGGGACCAGGAAGUCGAAGAGGGGCCGUGGGCGUCCUGGGCGCUAGAGGGUGGGCGGGGGUGAGGGCAGCCGUGGGGGCCCCUGCGGGCCACUUUCUGGGAUGCACCUGGGGAUGGGUGUGAGGGGAGGUCUCUGCUGGGGGGUGGCUGUGCCCCAGAAUCAAAUCAUGAGCACCGCGCCCUGCCCCCACCCUGGGCUCUGCGUGCCCUGUACCCUUGGAGAAUUAAAGGAUUGGAUCACGGCC